GGGACUCUCCUAGUCGGCGGGUGGGUGAGCGGGGUCCUGUGUAAUGGCGGAACGCGGCGGGGACGGGGGGGACGGUGAGCGAUACAACACAGGGGAGCUCAGAAUGGCUCAACAGCAAGCGUUGAGGUUUCGUGGUCCAGCUCCCCCACCAAAUGCCGUCAUGCGAGGCCCACCACCUCUGAUGCGUCCACCUCCACCUUUUGGGAUGAUGAGAGGCCCCCCUCCACCACCUCGGCCCCCCUUUGGUCGUCCUCCUUUUGAUCCUAAUAUGCCACCAAUGCCUCCUCCAGGAGGAAUUCCUCCACCUAUGGGCCCUCCACAUCUACAGAGACCACCUUUUAUGCCUCCUCCCAUGGGAACUAUGCCUCCACCUCCUGGCAUGAUGUUUCCACCUGGAAUGCCUCCAGUUACUGCCCCUGGUACACCAACAUUACCUCCCACUGAGGAAAUAUGGGUAGAAAACAAAACUCCAGAUGGAAAGGUUUAUUAUUAUAAUGCUCGGACACGUGAGUCUGCAUGGACCAAACCAGAUGGAGUUAAAGUUAUUCAGCAAUCAGAACUAACUCCUAUGCUGGCUGCUCAGGCUCAAGCCCAGGCCCAGGCUCAGGCUCAGGCCCAGGCCCAGGCCCAGGCCCAGGCCCAGGCUCAGGCUCAGGCUCAGGCUCAGGCCCAAGCCCAAGCCCAAGCCCAAGCUCAGGCUCAGGCUCAGGCACAGGCACAGGCACAGGCUCAAGCCCAAGCCCAAGCUCAGGCUCAGGCACAGGCCCAAGCUCAGGCACAGGCACAAGCACAGGCCCAGGCCCAGGCCCAGGCCCAGGCCCAGGCCCAGGCUCAGGCACAGGCACAGGCACAGGCUCAGGCUCAGGCCCAGGCUCAGGCCCAGGCUCAGGCCCAGGCUCAGGCUCAGGCACAGGCUCAGGCACAGGCCCAGGCCCAGGCUCAAGCCCAGGCUCAAGCCCAAGCUCAGGCACAGGCUCAAGCUCAAGUACAAGCUCAAGUACAAGCUCAAGCUGUAAAUGCAUCCACUCCUACAACUAGUAGCCCAGCAUCAGUAGUUUCUACUUCAACGCCAUCAUCUACACAGUCUUCUACCACUUCUACAACAACAACAGCAACUUCAGUUUCACAGACGGUAUCAAGAGCUGAGCUGUUAUCUCUACAGGGUGUGUCUGACUCCCAAAAUAUACUUGCACCCACCACACAAGAUCAGACACCAAGUUCUGCUGUUUCAGUUGCCACACCUUCAGUUAGUGUUUCAACCCCAGCUCCUACGGCUACACCUGUACAGACUGUUCCCCAGCCACACCCCCAGACGUUGCCUCCUGCAGUUCCUCAUUCAGUACCUCAGCCAACAGCGGCAAUACCUGCUUUUCCACCAGUAAUGGUACCUCCAUUUCGUGUUCCCCUUCCCGGCAUGCCUAUUCCACUACCAGGUGUAGCAAUGAUGCAAAUAGUCAGCUGCCCGUAUGUAAAGACAGUCGCUACCACCAAGACCGGUGUAUUGCCAGGAAUGGCCCCUCCUAUUGUACCCAUGAUACAUCCCCAGGUUGCUAUUGCUGCUUCACCUGCGACCUUAGCUGGAGCAACAGCGGUUUCUGAAUGGACAGAAUACAAAACAGCAGAUGGGAAGACAUAUUAUUAUAAUAAUAGAACAUUAGAAUCAACAUGGGAAAAACCCCAAGAACUAAAGGAAAAAGAAUAUCUUUUUAUAGAAAAAUUAGAAGAAAAAAUUAAAGAGCCAAUCAAAGAGCCUCCUGAGGAACCUCUACCAAUGGAGACAGAGGAGGAGGAACCCAAAGAAGAACCCAUAAAAGAGAUCAAGGAGGAGCCCAAAGAAGAAGAGAUGACAGAAGAAGAAAAGGCUGCCCAGAAAGCAAAGCCAGUAGCAACUACACCCAUUCCUGGUACUCCUUGGUGUGUUGUUUGGACUGGCGAUGAGCGAGUUUUUUUUUAUAACCCUACAACUCGUCUCUCUAUGUGGGACAGACCCGAUGAUCUAAUUGGAAGGGCUGAUGUUGACAAAAUUAUUCAGGAACCUCCUCACAAGAAAGGAAUGGAAGAAGGAAAAAAACUAAGGCACCAGACUCCGACCAUGCUGUCUAUCCAAAAGUGGCAGUUCUCUAUGAGUGCAAUUAAAGAAGAGCAGGAAUCAAUAGAAGAAGUAAAUGAAGAUGAACCAAUUAAAGCUAAAAAGCGGAAGAAAGAUGAUAACAAAGACAUUGAUUCGGAGAAAGAGGCUGCCAUGGAAGCUGAAAUUAAAGCUGCCCGAGAAAGGGCCAUUGUCCCUCUGGAGGCCCGAAUGAAGCAGUUCAAGGACAUGCUUCUAGAGAGAGGGGUUUCUGCUUUUUCAACAUGGGAGAAAGAGCUGCACAAGAUAGUUUUUGAUCCACGUUACUUACUUCUUAAUCCUAAAGAGAGGAAACAGGUUUUUGACCAGUAUGUGAAGACUCGAGCAGAAGAAGAACGAAAGGAAAAGAAAAACAAAAUUAUGCAAGCAAAGGAAGAUUUCAAGAAAAUGAUGGAAGAAGCAAAGUUUAAUCCAAGAGCUACUUUUAGUGAAUUUGCAGCCAAGCAUGCUAAAGACUCCAGAUUCAAAGCAAUUGAAAAGAUGAAAGAUCGAGAGGCCUUAUUUAAUGAAUUUGUAGCAGCUGCAAGAAAGAAAGAAAAAGAAGACUCGAAGACGAGAGGUGAGAAGAUCAAAUCAGACUUCUUCGAACUAUUAUCUAAUCACCACUUGGAUAGUCAAUCUCGAUGGAGCAAAGUAAAGGACAAAGUAGAAAGUGACCCACGUUACAAAGCAGUAGAUAGUUCAUCAAUGAGAGAAGAUCUUUUUAAACAGUAUAUUGAAAAAAUAGCCAAGAAUUUAGACUCAGAAAAAGAAAAGGAACUGGAGAGGCAAGCCCGAAUAGAGGCAAGUUUACGGGAACGAGAGCGAGAGGUUCAAAAAGCUCGUUCUGAACAAACAAAAGAAAUAGAUAGAGAAAGAGAGCAACAUAAACGUGAAGAAGCAAUUCAAAAUUUCAAAGCUCUUCUUUCUGAUAUGGUUCGUUCUUCAGAUGUGUCAUGGUCUGAUACUCGGAGAACUCUUCGAAAAGAUCAUCGAUGGGAAUCUGGCUCUUUGUUAGAAAGAGAAGAGAAAGAGAAGCUUUUCAACGAACACAUUGAAGCGCUUACCAAAAAGAAGAGGGAACAUUUUAGACAACUUCUGGAUGAAACUUCAGCGAUUACACUCACAUCCACUUGGAAAGAAGUUAAAAAAAUCAUCAAGGAAGAUCCACGGUGCAUUAAAUUCUCCUCCAGUGACAGAAAAAAACAAAGGGAAUUUGAAGAGUACAUCAGAGACAAAUAUAUUACUGCCAAAGCUGACUUCAGGACACUUUUGAAAGAGACCAAAUUUAUAACAUACAGAUCCAAAAAAUUAAUCCAGGAGUCUGAUCAGCACUUGAAAGAUGUAGAAAAGAUUUUGCAGAAUGAUAAGCGAUAUUUGGUUCUUGACUGUGUGCCAGAGGAGAGGCGCAAACUCAUUGUGGCAUAUGUUGAUGACCUGGAUCGACGAGGUCCACCUCCACCUCCAACAGCCUCAGAACCUACAAGACGAUCAACAAAAUAAUUCUGACAUAACUCUUCACACCAAGGGUAUCUAUUAAUUCAAAAUGCUUGCAUGAGCCACCUGUCAGAUUUUUACAUAAAAAUAUAUAAGAGUCAACCUAUUACAAAACCAUCUGAAGAGCGGAGGAAGGAGCAGCAUUUGUGAACAUGGUUUUUGAACAAAGAACUCUGGAAAUAUUUAUGCUUUUCUUUGUGUGGCAUGACUGACGUACAUACUCAAACAUCUAGACUGUCUCUAGUAAAUAUAAAAGCUUGAAACUAAAGAUUAUCCUUAUAUGAGGUGUGGAAGUCAGUGAUUUUUGAUGACAUUCUUCCUAGCAGUGUUAUAUAUAUGCAAGACCCAAGGAAUGGUUUAUGGUCUGAACUUGUAAAAUACAAGUGCCACAAACUUGGAACAAACCUAAGUUGAUUUGUAAAGCAGGUAAAAGAAAAACAUUGUUAAUUAAAUUUUCAGCUGCCAGAAGCAGAGGCCAAGAAUAUUGUAAUGCUCCUGCUUUUGCCUCCAGUCACUAGAGACCAGUUUAGUUUGAAUUUGUUCACAGAUGUGCUUUGAUUAUCCCUCUGAAUUAUAGGCAAGAAUCUGGUUGCUUUGUCUAAGUGAAGAUUUUUCUGGUAAUUUCUUCUUGGAUAUGGAAACACAGUCAAUAACAAUACUUACCAGAACAGGACGGUUGUAUAAACAAAUUUUUAUUCACUAUAGAAGUGAACUUUAUCAAUUUCUGGAUUAGAGAGUAAAUUACCCUUCUGGGUAAUCCUUGUAAACUAUACUCCUGUUUGAAUGUUAAACUUGUGUUUCUAAAGUUUAAUUUUGAAAUGUUUGAAUUGUUCAGUUUAUGUAUUUGAACUACAAUAAACCAACCCUUUUUAUA